UGUGAUAUAAAAUCUCUUAGUUUCUUGGAUUUUAGUUUAGCAGUUAUGGUGCCAGUAAUGUCAACUGGUGACAUGUUAGAUGAAUCCAACUCUGCAAUUUUGGAUCCUAUAUCCAGCGUAACGGAAGGAUGCCGUUUGCCAGUCCUUAUGAUGUCCAGCCAAGAGUGGCCUCUGGCUGAGGUGAUAAGCAUUGCUGAGAAGGAUCAUCAGAAAAUGUUCUACAUUCACUAUAUUGACUAUAACAAGCGACUUGAUGAGUGGGUGGAUGAGUCAAGGCUGGACCUCCGCAAAAUCCAGUACCCAAGGAGGGACCUUGGUGCUCCCUCCAACACUGGAGGCUUCAACACUCCCAAGAAGCUGCAGGUGUCUUCAGGAGGCACGGUCUCCCGCCCUGCCUCACCUGGCAUCCCUGCUCCUCAUGUGGGUACCACACUUCACCCUCACCAAAACAAUAACAACGAUAAAAGCAACAACAAUUACAACAACCAAGAUAUUUUUCAGGGCGGGUAUGAUGAAACUCGGGUGGCUGCUGAUGAUGUCGAUUCCCAAGAUCCUAUCACCGGCCCUUCAGUGCUAGCGGCCCUGCAGCUCAAGCAGCAGAAAUACAAGAAGAGAAAAAUUGAAUCACUCGAGACGCCAGUCACAGUUCAGGAGGAAGCUCCCACUCGACGCAGCAGUUUGUCGGACCUGGAGGUGAGCAUCAGCGGCAUCGAUGCUCCUCCGCUGCCCUCCACUGCCUCGUCUGGCACUCCUGCUGUAGGUAACCACUGCACUGGAGCCACAAACCACGCCCCUCGCCAGACGGGCUCACUAGCCGCCCACACUGAAGACCACGCCAUCACUCGCAUCAAGAACAUCCGCAUGAUCGAACUUGGCCAAUACCGCAUCAAGCCUUGGUACUUCUCGCCUUAUCCUGAGGAAAUCACGGAAUUGGACUGCGUUUACCUCUGUGAAUACUGCCUCAAGUUUCGCAAGAGUUUCAAGUGUCUGCAGAGGCAUCUGCAAAAAUGCCCAUACCGACACCCUCCUGGGAAUGAAAUCUACCGGAAAGGAACUAUCUCUUUUUUUGAGCUGGAUGGCCGCAAGAACAAACUAUAUUCCCAGAACUUGUGCCUUCUUGCAAAGCUUUUUCUAGAUCACAAGACACUGUAUUACGAUACUGAUCCUUUUCUAUUCUACGUCAUGACCGAGUGUGAUAACAGAGGCUACCACAUCGUUGGAUACUUCUCUAAAGAGAAAGAAUCCUCUGAAGAUUAUAACGUGGCUUGUAUUUUAACUCUGCCUCCAUACCAGAGGAAAGGCUACGGUAAACUUCUCAUCGAAUUCAGCUACGUUUUAUCCAAACAUGAAGGCAAGACGGGAAGCCCGGAGAAGCCACUGUCAGACCUCGGCCUGUUGUCGUACAGGUCUUAUUGGAAGCACACCAUUCUCGACAUCCUCAUCAACGCCAAGACCUUGGACGGCCAGGAGAAGCCUUUGAUCACCAUCAACGAGAUCUGCGACCAAACGAAGAUUAAGAAGGAGGACGUAAUAUCCACGCUGACGACCAUGGAGCUCAUGAACUACUACAGAGGCCAAUACAUCCUGACGCUGCCCCGGGACCUCGUCGAUGCUCACAACAAGGCAGUAGCGGAGCGCAAGGUGCCCAAGAUUGACGACACAUGUCUGCACUGGAAGGCAAAGGACUGGGCCAAGAGAGGGAAAUGGUGAUAGUGGGCCCCAAAUGAUGGCGGUUUAGAAGUAAGAUAAUAUUCUUGGAUUUGGGCAUCCAAAAAUAUGAGCAGUAGCGGAACGUUAAGUGCCCAAGAUUGACGACACAUGCCUGCACUGGAAGGCAAAGGACUGGGCCAAGAGAGGGAAAUGGUGAUAGUGGGUUCCAAACGAUGGGGGUUUAGAAGUAAAAUGAUACUCUUGGGUUUGCGCAUCCAAUAAUAUGAUGGUAAGGUUCAGAAUUAUAGUGCGUAGAUUAUGAUAUCAAAAGAUAGUAAAAUAGUAAUCGGUACAGUGAGUAUACCUCACAUGACGAAGCUUUUUAAAUAAAAGUCAUGUGUACGGGAUUUUUGACUGUGAAAUUGAUUUGUAAAAGGUAAAGGGAGGGCUUUUUAGAGAAAUGCUAUUAAGGUUGUUCUAUAGUAUACUGAUGUGUGAGUGGCAGAAGAUGAUGAUGAGACCCGAAGUGAAACUUUGUUGGAUGCUCGGUAAUAAUGGCGAGAUGCUUAGAGAAGAAAAAACCUACUUUAGGUAAGGUUUAGGAGAACAAGUUUGUUACUGAGCCAGAAAGAAGCAUGAAAUGCCAUUCUCACCGCAGCUCAUCUGUGUUUCGGAGGCAAUGUAUUUUCAGGAAGAGCUGAUUGAGAAAGAAAGAACGAGUGUAAUUUUAAAGCUGUUUGGGAAUGCUAAAGAGACUUUACGAACUUAACAAACGUUUCAUGAAUUUUCAAGCGUAAAAUUAUCUAUACUUUGCAUACGAGCGUUGCUUUCGUUAGUAAAUUGUAGGCCUACCUUUUGAGAAUUUGAAAAAAAAAUUAGAAUAUCUUGUGUACUAAAUUUAUAGACGUACGUUAAGAUAUUUCGUCGAUCGAGUCGGUCAACAACACUAGUACUAUUUUUGUAAACGAAUGAAUGUUUUUAAAAAGAUUGGAGGGUUAUAAAAUGCAGAAUUUUUUAGGAAUGUAGAGAAAAUACUAACUUGUUCUCCUAUUAAUGCAUUGGCCUCAAUUUGCCAUUUCUCAUGAAUUUUCCUGUACAAAGAUCUUGCCCAUUAAGAUGGUAGGAUUAGAUGAGGUAGUAACGUACUAUACGUGUGGUCUGGGAUUUGUAUGGAAUUACGUUAUCAAAUUUUCCGACCUGAAAAGCGUGUAAAUAUUUAAUAUUAGUGCCGUGUACAUAAUGCCAGUUCAUAACGCCUGUAAUUAUUCCAUUCAUUAUCAUUUAUCGCUUUAAUUACGAAGUCCCCUGUCGUAGAUUUGGUAAAAUCUAAUUUAUUUACA